AUGGGGCUAAGAGUUGCCAGCCUAUUUAUGCUGUGGCUGGCUCUUUCCUGUGCAAAUGAAAUAAGAAAAGGCAGGACAAGAAACCAUGGUCACUAUGUCUGCAGCACUUGGGGAAACAACCAUUUCAAAACUUUUGAUGGAGACUUCUACCAAUACCCUGGCAUUUGCGAGUAUAAUUUUGUUUCUGACUGCCGAGAGACUUACAAGGAGUUCUCUGUCCACAUUCAACGUGCUCUGAACAGCAAUAACCACCCUGAGAUCCAGUAUAUUCUGCUAACAAUCAGUGACUUUACAGUGUACCUCAGACCAAAACUGGUUGUGGUGGAUGGGCAGAUUGUGAAGACACCUUACUACAGCUCUGGUGUGCUCAUUGAGACCAAUGACAAUUACACCAAGGUUUAUGCCAAAUUAGGCCUGACUCUGUUAUGGAAUCAAGAAGAUGCACUGAUGGUGGAGCUGGACAGCAUAUUUAAUAACCAUACAUGUGGUCUCUGUGGGGAUUACAAUGGAAUUCCAAUCUACAAUGAGUUUAUCAAUGGAGAUGAAAGCUACAAUUCUAUUACAUAUGGGAAUUUACAGAAGAUCAACAAACCCAAUGCCGAAUGUGAGGAUCCUGAUGAAACUCAGGCUCUUCCAAGCUGUAAUGGGCAUCGUGAUGAAUGUGAGAGCCUGCUGACUGCCUCUGCAUUUGCUGAUUGCCAGUUACUUCUUAAUUUGGAAAUGUACAUCCAAGCCUGCAUGCAGGACAAGUGUGCAUGUAAUGGAAGUGAAGACUCCUUCUGUCUCUGCAGCACCAUCUCUGAGUAUUCUCGCCAGUGUUCACAUGCAGGUGGCCGACCGGGUGAAUGGAGGACGCAGAACUUUUGCACUAAAACCUGUCCUGAUACCAUGAUCUACAGAGAAAGCAGCUCACCCUGCAUGGAUACUUGCUCAAACUUGGAGAUGAGUAGCCUUUGUGAGGAACACUACAUGGAUGGUUGUUUCUGUCCUGAAGGAACUGUGUAUGAUGAUAUUACUGAAAAAGGAUGCAUACUUGUUAGCGAGUGCCACUGCAAACUCCAUGGAAAUGAGUAUUCACCUGGAGAAAACAUUACCAAUGAAUGUGAAGAAUGCACCUGUGAUUCAGGCAGAUGGACAUGCAAAGAUUUACCCUGUCCAGGCACAUGUUCAGUGGUAGGAGGCUCCCAUAUUACCACUUUUGAUGGGAAGAAAUACACCUUCCAUGGAGACUGUUAUUAUGUUUUGUCCAAGGAUUCUGUAAAUGACAGUCAUGCUCUCCUGGCAGAGCUGGCUCCCUGUGGCUCCACAGACAGGCAGACCUGUUUGGAGACUGUUGUGCUGCUAGUAGAUGACAAAAAAAAUGUGGUGGUUUUCAGAUCAAAUGGCAGUGUGUUACUGAAUGAGGUGACCGUGAAUGUGCCUCAUGUGUCAGCCAGCUUCUCGGUAUUCAAGCCAUCUUCCUACUACCUUGUUGUACAAACUUCUUUUGGGCUUCAGCUGCAAAUCCAAUUGUUUCCAGUCAUGCAGCUGUUUGCAACUGUGGAUCAAUCAGUUCAAGGAAAACUUCAAGGUCUUUGUGGAAACUUUAAUGGAAUGGAAGGUGAUGACUUUAAAACAACCAGUGGGCUGGUAGAAGCUACAGGAUCUGCCUUUGCUAAUAUGUGGAAAGCUCAAUCCACCUGUACAGACCAGGUAGAAAAGCUGGAAGACCCCUGCAGUCUCAGCAUUGAAAGUGCAAAUUAUGCUGAGCAUUGGUGUUCUUUGCUGAAAAACUCAGAGGGUCCUUUUGCAAGAUGUCACUUAAUCAUUGAUCCGUCAGAAUACUAUAAGAAAUGUAAAUAUGACACCUGCCUCUGUGAAGACAGUGAAGAAUGCUUGUGCGCUGCCCUGUCCUCCUACUCAAGAGCCUGUGCUUUCAAAGGGAUCAUACUGGGAGGCUGGAGACAAAGUGUCUGCAGUAAUGAAGUGUCUGCCUGCCUAGGAAAUCAAAUCUUCCUUUACAACUUUACAAUGUGCCAGCAAACCUGUCGUUCCCUUGCUGAUGGUGAAAAGUAUUGCUUGCAAGACUUUGCUCCUGUGGAUGGCUGUGGCUGCCCAUAUAAUACAUACUUGGAUAACCAGGAUACCUGUGUGCCCAUCUCCAAGUGCCCAUGUUAUUACAAGGGAUCAUACCUGGAACCAGGGGAAUAUGUCACAAAAGAUGGGGAACACUGUGUUUGCCAAAAUGCAAAGGUCCAGUGUACUUCAGUGACAAUAAGAAUGCAAAGUGUAACAGAAUGUUCUUCUAACAAGACUUACUUUGACUGCAAUGCAUCUCCAAGCUGGACUUCACAAACGCCUGUACAACUUAGCUGUCACACUCCUCAAACUGAUCAUUUCCAGGCAGAGUGUGUCUCAGGCUGUGUGUGUCCUGAAGGUCUAUUUGAUGAUGGGAAAGGAGGCUGUGUUGAGGAGAAGGACUGCCCAUGCAUUCAUAACAGCCAGUGGUAUUCUCCUGGACAGCAGGUAACAGUGGACUGCAACACCUGUACCUGCCAUAAAGGGGUUUGGAGCUGCACUGAAGAUGUGUGCUAUGGGACUUGUAUGAUAUAUGGAAGUGGCCAUUAUAUCACCUUUGAUGGAAAAUUCUAUGACUUUGAUGGAAGCUGUGAAUAUGUGGCUACUCAGGAUUUUUGUGGUGAUAGAAAUUCCAGUGGCUCAUUCAGUAUCAUCACAGAGAAUGUCCCUUGUGGAACUACAGGAGUCACCUGCUCAAAGGCUAUUAAAAUGUUUCUAGGGAAAACUGAACUGAAAUUGGAGAACAAAGAUUAUAAAGAAAUUCAGCGAGAUAUUGGUGAUGAUGUACAUUAUUGGAACAGGACAGUAGGCCUCUACCUUGUUAUUGAGGCUAGCAAUGGUGUGAUGCUUAUCUGGGAUAAGAAGACUACUGUUUUCAUCAAGCUGACCCCUGAUUACAAAGGCAAAGUGUGUGGUCUGUGUGGCAACUUUGAUGACAAGUCUAACAAUGACUUUACAACAAGGAGUGGGCUGCAGGACACUAAUGCUCUGACGUUUGGGAAUUCCUGGAAACAGUCUUCCAUGUGCCCAGAUGUUACAGAAGAGAUAAAGCCCUGUGAUGUAAAACCUCAUCGGAAGUCCUGGGCAGAGAAAGAAUGCAGCAUCAUCCAGAGUGAAGUCUUUAAAAUUUGUCACUCCAAGGUGGACCCAAUUCCUUUCUAUGAAGCCUGUGUUCAUGAUGCCUGCUCUUGUGACAGUGGUGGAGAUUGUGAGUGCUUCUGUUCUGCAGUUGCUGCAUAUGCUCAAGAAUGUACCAAGCACCAGGCCUGUGUUUUCUGGAGAACUCCUGACAUAUGCCCUAUAUUUUGUGACUACUACAACCCUCCUAAUGAGUGUGACUGGCACUAUGAGCCUUGUGGCAGUAAUAUCAUGACCUGCAGGAUAAUUAAUAAUGUCAGCACCAACUUUUCAAUACCAUACCUGGAAGGUUGCUAUCCCAGAUGCCCUAAUGACAAACCUGUUUAUAAUGAAGAGACAAAGGAAUGUGUGACUGAAGAUCAAUGCUGGUGUUACAUCAACGGAAUUCAUGUUCCCCCUGGGCAUGAAAUAACCACAGAAGAGGACUGUACAAAAUGUGUCUGUGGCCCCUCAGGAUCCAUACAGUGUACACCAAUCCCAGGGUGUCCUUGUGUCAUCAAUGAAACAAGUUAUGAAGUGGGUGAAACUGUGGCACAAAUACAGGAUGGCAACAUAUGUAUAACAUAUGUUUGUGCAGAAAACGGUUCUAUAGUUGUUGGAAGUACUUAUCCUUGUCCGACAUCUACUUCACCUACAACCAUUUCCACCUUCUUUCCUACCAGUACUCUAACCACCACAGUUACCACUACAAGCCCUCCAAUAACUACAACUCCAUGCUUUGGUUUAAUCUGUAAUUGGACUGAGUGGUUUGACAUUAGUAAACCUGAAGAGGAUGGUGGUGACUAUGAAACCUAUGAUGCAAUAAGAAAUGAAUAUGGAAACAAAAUAUGUGAAGCUCCUGAAAAUAUUGAAUGCAGGGCUAAAGAUAAUCCAGAUGUUAGUUUAGAGGAACUUGGCCAGAAAGUAGAGUGUAAUGUUACAUAUGGACUAAUCUGUAAAAAUGAGGAGCAAGAUGUAACUAUGUGGCAACUUUGUUAUAAUUAUGAAAUCAGGGUAAAUUGUUGUGAGUGGCAUGAAAUUUCUUGUGAGACUACAAGUACAUGGCGUCCAACACAAACUGCAGCUUCAACCACCACCAGCACAACAGUACCCAUCACCACUACAGCCAGGCAACCAACAACAAUUACCACCGCAUCCAUACCCACCUCAACAAUCACAAGCGAAUUCACACCAUCAGUUACCACCCCAGUAACUCCAACCUCUCCAGGGUCCUUUCCACCCCUGUUGACAACCCCUCCCACGCCAACACCAUCGGAGCCUCCCAGCAGCACUGCCACCACCACGACGCCCCCCAGCACCACCACCAGCAGCACCCCGGGGACAUCAACGACCGUUCCUGCCACAUCGACACCCACUCCAACUACUGCAAGCACAUCCACGCCCACGCCAACGUACACCACCACCACACCACCAAGCCGACGCUUUGGCAACUGUGACUGCGUCUGGACGGACUGGAUUGAUGUGAGUUACCCAGAUAGUUCUGACAGAAACAGUGGUGACUACGAAACCUUUGAGAAUAUUCUGAAGAACGACCCCUCCUGGGUCUGUGCGAAAGCGGAGAAUAUUUCAUGCAGAGCAAAGCAGUUCCCUGACAUUCCCAUUGCAGAGUUAGGGCAGAAGGUGGAAUGCAGUGUUAACACGGGGCUCACCUGUAACAACAGCGACCAGGCCAUAGGAGGUAUAAUACCAAUGCCGGUCUGCCUCAAUUACGAGAUCAGUGUCUGCUGCACCCCCAACAUACCAGAGUGUAUUCCUACAAGUACCACGACGAGCACCACGACAGCCCCUCCUUCGUCCACAAUGAGCACAGGGUCCUAUCCACCCCUGUUGACAACCCGUCCCACGCCAACACCAUCGGAGCCUCCCAGCAGCACUGCCACCACCACGACGCGCCCCAGCACCACCACCAGCAGCACCCCGGGGACAUCAACGACCGUUCCUGCCACAUCGACACCCACUCCAACUACUGCAAGCACAUCCACGCCCACGCCAACAUACACCACCACCACACCACGUGCAGACUGUGACUGCGUCUGGACGGACUGGAUUGAUGUGAGUUACCCAGAUAGUUCUGACAGAAACAGUGGUGACUACGAAACCUUUGAGAAUAUUCUGAAGAACGACCCCUCCUGGGUCUGUGCGAAAGCGGAGAAUAUUUCAUGCAGAGCAAAGCAGUUCCCUGACAUUCCCAUUGCAGAGUUAGGGCAGAAGGUGGAAUGCAGUGUUAACACGGGGCUCACCUGUAACAACAGCGACCAGGCCAUAGGAGGUAUAAUACCAAUGCCGGUCUGCCUCAAUUACGAGAUCAGUGUCUGCUGCACCCCCAACAUACCAGAGUGUAUUCCUACAAGUACCACGACGAGCACCACGACAGCCCCUCCUUCGUCCACAAUGAGCACAGGGUCCUAUCCACCCCUGUUGACAACCCGUCCCACGCCAACACCAUCGGAGCCUCCCAGCAGCACUGCCACCACCACGACGCGCCCCAGCACCACCACCAGCAGCACGCCGGGGACAUCAACGACCGUUCCUGCCACAUCGACACCCACUCCAACUACUGCAAGCACAUCCACGCCCACGCCAACAUACACCACCACCACACCACGUGCAGACUGUGACUGCGUCUGGACGGACUGGAUUGAUGUGAGUUACCCAGAUAGUUCUGACAGAAACAGUGGUGACUACGAAACCUUUGAGAAUAUUCUGAAGAACGACCCCUCCUGGGUCUGUGCGAAAGCGGAGAAUAUUUCAUGCAGAGCAAAGCAGUUCCCUGACAUUCCCAUUGCAGAGUUAGGGCAGAAGGUGGAAUGCAGUGUUAACACGGGGCUCACCUGUAACAACAGCGACCAGGCCAUAGGAGGUAUAAUACCAAUGCCGGUCUGCCUCAAUUACGAGAUCAGUGUCUGCUGCACCCCCAACAUACCAGAGUGUAUUCCUACAAGUACCACGACGAGCACCACGACAGCCCCUCCUUCGUCCACAAUGAGCACAGGGUCCUAUCCACCCCUGUUGACAACCCGUCCCACGCCAACACCAUCGGAGCCUCCCAGCAGCACUGCCACCACCACGACGCGCCCCAGCACCACCACCAGCAGCACCCCGGGGACAUCAACGACCGUUCCUGCCACAUCGACACCCACUCCAACUACUGCAAGCACAUCCACGCCCACGCCAACAUACACCACCACCACACCACGUGCAGACUGUGACUGCGUCUGGACGGACUGGAUUGAUGUGAGUUACCCAGAUAGUUCUGACAGAAACAGUGGUGACUACGAAACCUUUGAGAAUAUUCUGAAGAACGACCCCUCCUGGGUCUGUGCGAAAGCGGAGAAUAUUUCAUGCAGAGCAAAGCAGUUCCCUGACAUUCCCAUUGCAGAGUUAGGGCAGAAGGUGGAAUGCAGUGUUAACACGGGGCUCACCUGUAACAACAGCGACCAGGCCAUAGGAGGUAUAAUACCAAUGCCGGUCUGCCUCAAUUACGAGAUCAGUGUCUGCUGCACCCCCAACAUACCAGAGUGUAUUCCUACAAGUACCACGACGAGCACCACGACAGCCCCUCCUUCGUCCACAAUGAGCACAGGGUCCUAUCCACCCCUGUUGACAACCCGUCCCACGCCAACACCAUCGGAGCCUCCCAGCAGCACUGCCACCACCACGACGCGCCCCAGCACCACCACCAGCAGCACGCCGGGGACAUCAACGACCGUUCCUGCCACAUCGACACCCACUCCAACUACUGCAAGCACAUCCACGCCCACGCCAACAUACACCACCACCACACCACGUGCAGACUGUGACUGCGUCUGGACGGACUGGAUUGAUGUGAGUUACCCAGAUAGUUCUGACAGAAACAGUGGUGACUACGAAACCUUUGAGAAUAUUCUGAAGAACGACCCCUCCUGGGUCUGUGCGAAAGCGGAGAAUAUUUCAUGCAGAGCAAAGCAGUUCCCUGACAUUCCCAUUGCAGAGUUAGGGCAGAAGGUGGAAUGCAGUGUUAACACGGGGCUCACCUGUAACAACAGCGACCAGGCCAUAGGAGGUAUAAUACCAAUGCCGGUCUGCCUCAAUUACGAGAUCAGUGUCUGCUGCACCCCCAACAUACCAGAGUGUAUUCCUACAAGUACCACGACGAGCACCACGACAGCCCCUCCUUCGUCCACAAUGAGCACAGGGUCCUAUCCACCCCUGUUGACAACCCGUCCCACGCCAACACCAUCGGAGCCUCCCAGCAGCACUGCCACCACCACGACGCGCCCCAGCACCACCACCAGCAGCACCCCGGGGACAUCAACGACCGUUCCUGCCACAUCGACACCCACUCCAACUACUGCAAGCACAUCCACGCCCACGCCAACAUACACCACCACCACACCACGUGCAGACUGUGACUGCGUCUGGACGGACUGGAUUGAUGUGAGUUACCCAGAUAGUUCUGACAGAAACAGUGGUGACUACGAAACCUUUGAGAAUAUUCUGAAGAACGACCCCUCCUGGGUCUGUGCGAAAGCGGAGAAUAUUUCAUGCAGAGCAAAGCAGUUCCCUGACAUUCCCAUUGCAGAGUUAGGGCAGAAGGUGGAAUGCAGUGUUAACACGGGGCUCACCUGUAACAACAGCGACCAGGCCAUAGGAGGUAUAAUACCAAUGCCGGUCUGCCUCAAUUACGAGAUCAGUGUCUGCUGCACCCCCAACAUACCAGAGUGUAUUCCUACAAGUACCACGACGAGCACCACGACAGCCCCUCCUUCGUCCACAAUGAGCACAGGGUCCUAUCCACCCCUGUUGACAACCCGUCCCACGCCAACACCAUCGGAGCCUCCCAGCAGCACUGCCACCACCACGACGCGCCCCAGCACCACCACCAGCAGCACCCCGGGGACAUCAACGACCGUUCCUGCCACAUCGACACCCACUCCAACUACUGCAAGCACAUCCACGCCCACGCCAACGUACACCACCACCACACCACGUGCAGACUGUGACUGCGUCUGGACGGACUGGAUUGAUGUGAGUUACCCAGAUAGUUCUGACAGAAACAGUGGUGACUACGAAACCUUUGAGAAUAUUCUGAAGAACGACCCCUCCUGGGUCUGUGCGAAAGCGGAGAAUAUUUCAUGCAGAGCAAAGCAGUUCCCUGACAUUCCCAUUGCAGAGUUAGGGCAGAAGGUGGAAUGCAGUGUUAACACGGGGCUCACCUGUAACAACAGCGACCAGGCCAUAGGAGGUAUAAUACCAAUGCCAGUCUGCCUCAAUUACGAGAUCAGUGUCUGCUGCACCCCCAACAUACCAGAGUGUAUUCCUACAAGUACCACGACGAGCACCACGACAGCCCCUCCUUCGUCCACAAUGAGCACAGGGUCCUUUCCACCCCUGUUGACAACCCCUCCCACUCCAACACCAUCGGAGCCUCCCAGCAAGUUACCCACAACCACCAUAAGCACCACAACUUCUGGAUCAGCCACGCCAGAGCCUACAACCAGCACUACUGUAUCAGCACCACCAGUAUCAACAACCCCAGUGACAGCCACUACAUCUGGAGUCACUGAAACAAGAUCAACCACCAAAACCACCACAUCAGGCCCCACGCCCUCCGGAUACCCGCACCUAAGCACCACAAUUGUAACGGAGACAUCGAGCCAUGACACGACCACCACAGGAAAUGGGAGGCCCACAAGCACAUCAGCUACAACCACCAUAAGCAUCACAACUUCAGGAUCAGCCACACCAGAGCCUACAACCAACACUACGGUGUCAGCACCACCGGUAUCUACAAGCCCAGUGAGAGCCACCACGUCUGGAGUCACUGAAACAGGAUUGACCACCAAAACCAGCACUUCUGGCCCCACACCCUCAGGACCCCCUCACCACAGCACCACAAUUGUACCGGGGACAUCGAGCCACGAGACCACCUCCACCGGGAGUGGGAGCCCUACAACAGCAUCACCUACGGCCACCAUAAGCACCACAACUUCAGGAUCAGCCACACCAGAGGCUACAACCAGCACUACUGUAUCAGCACCACCAGUACCUACAAGCCCACUGAGAGCCACCACGUCUGGAGUCACUGAAACAGGAUCGACCACCAAAACCAGCACUUCUGGCCCCACACCCUCAGGACCCCCCCACUACAGCACCACAAUUGUACCGGGGACAUCGAGCCACGAGACCACCUCCAUCGGGACUGGGAGCCCUACAACAGCAUCACUUACGGCCACCAUAAGCACCACAACUUCAGGAUCAGCCACGCCAGAGGCUACAACCAGCACUACUGUAUCAGCACCACCGGUACCUACAAGCCCAGUGAGAGCCACCACGUCUGGAGUCACUGAAACAGGAUCGACCACCAAAACCAGCACUUCUGGCCCCACACCCUCAGGACCCCCUCACUACAGCACCACAAUUGUAACGGGGACAUCGAGCCACGUGACCACCUCCACCAGCACUGGAAGCCCAACAAGCACAUCACCUACGACCACCAUAAGUACCACAACUUCAGGAAUACACACGCCAGAGCCUACAACUAGCGCUACUGUAUCAGCAGCACCGAUAUAUACAAGCCCAGUGACAGCCACUUCGUCUGGAGUCACUGAAACACUAUUGACCACUAAAACCACUACAUCAAGCCCCACACCCUCCAGAUACCCUCACCACAGCACCACAGUUGUAACGGAAACACCAAGCCAUGAGACCACCUCCACCAGCACUGGAAGCCUCACAAGCACAUCAGCUACAACCAGCAUAAGCACCACAACCUCAGGAUCAGCAACACCAGAGCCUACAACCAGCACUACGGUGUCAGCACCACCAGUACCUACAAGCCCAGUGAGAGCCACCACGUCUGGAGUCACUGAAACAGGAUUGACCACCAAAACCAGCACUUCUGGCCCCACACCUUCAGGACCCCCUCACCACAGCACCACAAUUGCACCGGGGACAUCGAGCCACGAGACCACCUCAACCGGGACUGGAAGCCCUACAACAGCAUCACCUGCGGCCACCAUAAGCACCACAACUUCAGGAUCAGCCACGAUAGAGGCUACAACCAGCACUACUGUAUCAGCACCACCGGUAUCUACAAGCCCAGUGAGGGCCACUACGUCUGCAGUCACUGAAACAGGAUCAACCACCAAAACCAGCACUUCUGGCCCCACACCCUCAGGACCCCCUCACUACAGCACCACAAUUGUAACGGAGACAUCGAGCCAUGAGACCACCUCCACCAGCACUGGAAGCCCAAGAAGCACAUCACCUACGACCACCAUAAGUACCACAACGUCAGGAAUACACAUGCCAGAGCCUACAACUAGCGCUACUGUAUCAGCACCACCGAUAUCUACAAGCCCAGUGACAGCCACUUUGUCUGGAGUCACUGAAACAGUAUUGACCACUAAAACCACUACAUCAAGCCCCACACCCUCCAGAUACCCUCACCACAGCACCACAGUUGUAAUGGAGACACCAAGCCAUGAGACCACCUCCACCAGCACUGGAAGCCUCACAAGCACAUCAGCUACAACCAGCAUAAGCACCACAACCUCAGGAUCAGCAACACCAGAGCCUACAACUAGCACUACUGUGUCAGCACCACCACUACCUACAAGCCCAGUGAGAGCCACCACGUCUGGAGUCACUGAAACAGGAUUGACCACCAAAACCAGCACUUCUGGCCCCACACCCUCAGGACCCCCUCACCACAGCACCACAAUUGUAAUGGAGACAUCGAGCCACGAGACCUCCUCCACCAGCACUGGAAGCCCAACAAGCCCAUCACCUACGACCACCAUAAGUACCACAACUUCAGGAAUACACACGCCAGAGGCUACAACCAGCACUACUGUAUCAGCACCACCAGUAUCUACAAGCCCAGUGAGAGCCACCACGUCUGGAGUCACUGAAACAGGAUCAACCACCAAAACCAGCACUUCUGGCCCCACACCCUCAGGACCCCCUCACCACAGCACCACAAUUGUAACGGAGACAUCGAGCCACGAGACCUCCUCCACCAGCACUGGAAGCCCAACAAGCCCAUCACCUACGACCACCAUAAGUACCACAACUUCAGGAAUACACACGCCAGAGGCUACAACCAGCACUACUGUAUCAGCACCACCGGUAUCUACAAGCCCAGUGAGAGCCACCACGUCUGGAGUCACUGAAACAGGAUCAACCACCAAAACCAGCACUUCUGGCCCCACACCCUCAGGACCCCCUCACCACAGCACCACAAUUGUAACGGAGACAUUGAGCCACGUGACCACCUCGACCAGCACUGGAAGCCCAACAAGCCCAUCACCUACGACCACCAUAAGUACCACAACUUCAGGAAUACACACGCCAGAGGCUACAACCAGCACUACUGUAUCAGCACCACCGGUAUCUACAAGCCCAGUGAGAGCCACCACGUCUGGAGUCACUGAAACAGGAUCAACCACCAAAACCAGCACUUCUGGCCCCACACCCUCAGGACCCCCUCACCACAGCACCACAAUUGUAACGGAGACAUUGAGCCACGUGACCACCUCCACCAGCACUGGAAGCCCAACAAGCCCAUCACCUACAACCACCAUAAGUACCACAACUUCAGGAAUACACACGCCAGAGCCUACAACUAGCGCUACUGUAUCAGCAGCACCGAUAUAUACAAGCCCAGUGACAGCCACUUCGUCUGGAGUCACUGAAACAGUAUUGACCACUAAAACCACUACAUCAAGCCCCACACCCUCCAGAUACCCUCACCACAGCACCACAAUUUUAACGGAGACAUUAAGCCAUGAGACCACCUCCACCAGCACUGGGAGCCCCACAAGCACAUCAGCUACAACCAGCAUAAGCACCACAACCUCAGGAUCAGCAACACCAGAGCAUACAACCAGCACUACUGUAUCAGCACCACCAGUACCUACAAGCCCAGUGAGAGCCACCACGUCUGGAGUCACUGAAACAGGAUUGACCACCAAAACCAGCACUUCUGGCCCCACACCCUCAGGACCCCCUCACCACAGCACCACAAUUGUAACGGAGACAUCGAGCCACGAGACCACCUCCAUCGGGACUGGGAGCCCUACAACAGCAUCACCUAUGGCCACCAUAAGCACCACAACUUCAGGAUUACCCACGCUAGAGCCCACAACCAGCACUACUGUAUCAGCACCACCAGUAUCUACAAGACCAGUGAGGGCCACCACGUCUGGAGUCACCGAAACAGGAUCGACCACCAAAACCAGCACAUCAAGCCCCACGCCCUCCGAAUACCCUCACCCAAGCACCACGAUUGUAACGGAGACAUCUAGCCUCGAGACCACCUCCACCGGCAGUGGGAGCCCUACAACAGCAUCACCUGCGGCCACCAUAAGCACCACAACAUCAGGAUCAGCCACGAUAGAGCCUACAACGAGCACGACUGUGUCAGCACCACCAGUACCUACAAGCCCAGUGAGAGCCACCACAUCUGGAGUCACUGAAACAGGAUUGACCACCAAAACCAGCACUUCUGGCCCCACACCCUCAGGACCCCCUCACCACAGCACCACAAUUGUACCGGGGACAUCGAGCCACGAGACCACCUCCACCGGGACUGGGAGCCCUACAACAGCAUCACCUACGACCACCAUAAGCACCACAACUUCAGGAUCAGCCACGCCAGAGGCUACAACCAGCACUACUGUAUCAGCACCACCGGUAUCUACAAGACCAGUGAGGGCCACCACGUCUGGAGUCACUGAAACAGGAUCAACCACCAAAACCAGCACUUCUGGCCCCACACCCUCAGGACCCCCUCACUACAGCACCACAAUUGUAACGGGGACAUUGAGCCACGUGACCACCUCGACCAGCACUGGAAGCCCAACAAGCCCAUCACCUACGACCACCAUAAGUACCACAACUUCAGGAAUACACACGCCAGAGGCUACAACCAGCACUACUGUAUCAGCACCACCAGUACCUACAAGCCCAGUGAGAGCCACCACGUCUGGAGUCACUGAAACAGGAUCAACCACCAAAAGCAGCACUUCUGGCCCCACAGCCUCAGGACCCCCUCACCACAGCACCACAAUUGUAAUGGGGAUAUCGAGCCAUGAGACCACCUCCACCGGGACGGCGAGCCCAACGAGCACAUCAGCUACAACCAGCAUAAGCACCACAACUUCAGGAUCAGCCACGCCAGAGCCUACAACCAGCACUACGGUGUCAGCACCACCAGUACCUACAAGCCCAGUGAGAGCCACCACGUCUGGAGUCACUGAAACAGGAUCAACCACCAAAACCAGCACUUCUGGCCCCACAGCCUCAGGACCCCCUCACCACAGCACCACAAUUGUAAUGGGGAUAUCGAGCCAUGAGACCACCUCCACCGGGACUGGGAGCCCUACAGCAGCAUCACCUACGGCCACCAUAAGCACCACAACUUCAGGAUCAGCCACGCCAGAAGCUACAACCAGCACUACUGUAUCAGCACCACCGGUAUCUACAAGACCAGUGAGGGCCACCACGUCUGGAGUCACUGAAACAGGAUCGACCACCAAAACCAGCACUUCUGGCCCCACACCCUCAGGACCCCCUCACUACAGCACCAUAAUUGUAACGGAGACAUCGAGCCACGAGACCACCUCCACCAGCACUGGAAGCCCAACAAGCCCAUCACCUACGACCACCGUAAGUACCACAACUGCAGGAUUACCCACGCCAGAGGCUACAACCAGCAUUACUGUAUCAGCACCUUCGACAUCUACAAGCCCAGUGACAGCCACUACGUCUGGAGUCACUGAAACAGUAUUGACCACUAAAACCACUACAUCAAGCCCCACACCCUCCAGAUACCCUCACCACAGCACCACAAUUGUAACGGAGACACCAAGCCAUGAGACUACCUCCACCAUGACUGGGAGCCCCACAAGUAUAUCAGUUACAAUCACCAUAAGCACCACAACUUCAGGAUCAGCCACGCCAGAGCCUACAACCAGCACUACGGUGUCAGCGCCACCACCAUCCAUAUCAAGUCCCAUGUCAGUCACCACUUCUGGUACAACUCCAACAGAAUCUUUUACCACAACUUCAGGAACUACCUCUAGUAAUUCUAGCACAAUCACUGCAACCACCACCAGCUCUGAAAUUCUUUCAUCUGGCUCAACUAGUGUGUCUGGUCCAAUUGCAACCUCAAGUGCAGUCACUAUUCCAGGAAGUUCUACGUACAGUACAGUUACUAAAUUCAGUGCUUCAAGUUCAACUCUAAGGUUACCACCAACCACUCCUGGAAAAAAUUGUUCUAUUUCACCUGAUGAAUCUUAUGCGCCAGGUGAGUCAUGGUGGCUCUGCAACUGCACUAAGGCAAUAUGCAUAGAAGAUGAUAUAAUCCAGGUGGUUCCCAUAAUCUGUAAUCCACCUCCUAGACCUACAUGUGCCAAUGGGCUUUCUCCUGUGCAAGUCAUUGAUGAGGAUGGGUGCUGUUGGCACUGGGAAUGUGAUUGCUACUGCACUGGCUGGGGAGACCCACAUUACAUUACUUUUGAUGGACUGUACUACAGCUAUCAAGGGAAUUGUACAUACGUCCUUGUGGAAGAGAUUGAUAAGAAAGUUGACAACUUUGGUGUCUACAUUGAUAACUACAAUUGUGAUGCACGGGAUGUAGUCUCCUGUCCUCGAACACUCAUUGUGAGACAUGAGACUCAGGAAGUGCGCAUAGCAACAGUCAAACAAAAUGCUCUACAAGUAGAGGUGACAGUAAAUAAACAGGCAGUGGCUUUGCCUUAUAAAAAAUUUGGUGUGAGCAUCUAUGAGUCAAGCAUAAAUUACGUAGUGGAAAUUCCUGAACUAAAAAUGAAUGUGACCUACAACGGCUUGUCCUUUUCUAUUAGGAUGCCCUACAGCCUGUUCGGCAACAACACUCAUGGACAGUGUGGUACUUGCAAUAACAACCAGGCAGAUGACUGCAUGUUGCCAAAUGGAAACAUUGCAGAAAAUUGUGAAAUUAUGGCAGAUCACUGGCAAGUUGUUGAUCCCUCCAAACCACAAUGCUCUCCAGGCCUAAUUCCUACAAAAGCACCUAGCACAACUCCAACGCAGCCUUGCAAAGAAUCUUCCAUCUGCGAGCUUCUUUUGGGAAGUGUGUUCGAGCCAUGCCAUGGCCAUGUCCGGCCUGAAAAGUACUAUUCAGCCUGUGUUUUUGAUAGUUGUGUACUUCCCGACUUAGACUUGGAAUGCUCAAGUCUGCAGAUCUAUGCUGCCACCUGUGCUGAUCAAAGUGUAUGCAUUGACUGGAGAAGUCAUACCAAUGGUGUUUGCUGCACUUAUACAUGCCCCUCAGAUAAAGAAUACAGAGCAUGUGGUCCUAUUAAAGAGAUAACCUGCAAAUCAAGCCAGCAAAAUGAAACUUCAACUAAACAAGUGGAAGGCUGUUUCUGUCCUAAUGGAACAAUGCUGUAUGACUCUGGUGUGGAUGUCUGUGUAAAAACAUGUGGCUGCGUUGGAGUGGAUAAGAUACCAAGAGAGUUUGGGGAAAAGUUUACAGUAGACUGUCAGGACUGUACUUGCCUGGAAGGUGGAAAUGGCAUUGUAUGUAAGCCUCAUGAAUGUGGCAAACAAAAUAAGACCACUUGUGAUGGAGAAGGCCUCCGUGAAGUCAGUGAAGUCAAUCCUGAAGACUUUUGCUGCCCCAUUGUCACAUGCAAAUGCGAUACAAGCUUGUGCACAACUAAUGCCCCCAGGUGUACACCGGGAUUUGAAGUUCAUUCUCACAUUCCCAGGGGUCAAUGCUGUCCUGUGUACCAGUGUGUUCCCAAGAGGGUUUGUGUACAUCAGAAUGCUGAAUUCUUGCCUAAUUCCUCAGUCUUUGUUGAUAAGUGUCAGAAUUGUUUCUGCACUGGUGAAGUUAACAUCAGCACUCAACUGAAUAUCAUCUCAUGUGAACAUAUUCCAUGCAACACAUAUUGCGAACCAGGAUACGAAUACCAACCAGUGGAAGGUGAAUGUUGUGGAAGAUGUGUGCAGACUAAGUGUAUUAUACAAAGAGCAAACAAUUCUGAUCUCAUCUUGAGUCCUGGAGAGUUUAAAAAUGAUCCUAACGACAACUGCACCACUUAUAACUGUGUAAAUAUUCAGAACCAUCUUCUCUCUUCCAAAUCUGAGAUAACCUGCCCAGCAUUCAAUGAGGACAGCUGUAAACCUGGAACUAUUGCAUUCUUACCUAAUGGUUGUUGCAAAACCUGUGUACCCCUGGAUAGUCCUACACCGUGUUCUGUCCGUCAAAGAGAAGACUUUAUUGUCUAUGAGGGCUGUAGUUCUGUGGACAGAGUUGUCAUGACCGAAUGUGAAGGAACAUGUGGAACCUCCUCGCUAUACUCUGCUGAGGCCAAUUCUCUGGACCACAGCUGUUCCUGCUGCAGGGAAUCAAGGACUACUAUGAAGGAAGUGAAACUGAAAUGUCCUGAUGGGCAUUCAAUUUCACAUGAGUAUAUAUAUGUGGAAGACUGCAGCUGUCAAGACACUGAAUGCAGCAACUCACAGUCCAGUGAGCUGCAGAGCGCAGAAGAAAGUGACGAGGCAAGCACUCUGGACCACAUCACGAGGGCCACUAGCUUAACUUCAAAAUGAACAUGAAAAAAACUAGCAGCAUUCAGCUAAAAAGCAUCACUCUCAUCCUCUUUGACAACUUUUGAACUUUACUUUUCCCAGCUACUGUAUCCUGUUUGUUCUCUGAUUAUUUUUAACAGUGCUGUAUUUAUUUGUGCACAAAAUAAGAACACAAAUUUGUAUUCUUCCAAGUGCACAGCCUUUUAGUUCUUUAUAUAAUCGACUUAUUUCCUUUGAAUGAUUAAAAGCACAUUUCAAAAA